AUGGCGCAUCUUCUAAGCGAGUUGGAUCGCUUCGAAGAGGAGAUGCGCGCGCUCGGUGCGGAAUCCGCUUCCGCGAAGGCCGCUCCGCCUCCCGCGCACCUCAUUGCGCAAGUGCCCCUUCCGCCCGCUCCGCCUCUCCCCGCUAAAGGCACACCUCCCGUUUCCCCCGCUCCGCCUCCCCCUCGCCCCCCUCCGUCGUUCCCCCCAGGCGCUUCUCCCGCGCGGCCCUCCAUAUCCCCUUUGCCUGCCCCGCCUCCUUCCGCCUACUCCCCCGCGCCUCGUCCGCUACCGCCACACGCCCUUCCUCCUCCACCUUCCGCGUUCCCCCCAACUCCGCCUUAUCGCCCCGGCGGUUCUUGGUCACAGUCUCCCGCCGCCACUCCCCCUGCUGCGCAUGUUCCGCCGUCCCCCCCUCUUCCCCCGCCAGCCUCAGGCUCAACCCCCCCGUUUCCGCGGUACCAAGCACCCGCGCGACCGUCAUUUCCGCCCUUUCCCCCGCCCGCACACACAGUUCCGCCUUUCAGCAGCGGCGCGGGGGGAACUGCUCAAUUUCCGCCUCUCCCGCCUUCCGCGCCCGCCCCCGCGCCUGCCCCUACGCGGAAAGUAUACGCCGCUGCGCCCGUGAAAGUAACCAAGGGGGGAGAUGCGGGGAAGGAAGGGGAAGCAGGGGAGGCGGAAAAGGGGUCGGGGGAAAAAGCGGGGGAGCAGCAGGCGGAAAAAACAGCAGUAUCUGCAGGCAAAACCACUCCGCCAAUCCCGCCGCCCCCUCCUGCCCCCUCCGCUUCAACAGCAGCACCAACACCAUCACCACCACCCCCAGCAGCUUCAGCAGCAGCAGCGGCAGCAGCAGCAGGGCCUUCAGGGGGAUACGGGGGCGGCUCUGCGCACGCGGGCGGGGCUGCAGGCAUGGCGCAAUACGGAGGGGGAGCUGGGUUCCCCCCAGGGGCAGGGUUCGGGGGAAUGGGCGGAUACGGGGGCAUGGGCGGGGGAAUGGGGGGAAUGGGUGGGGGAGGGUAUGGGGCAGCUGCAGGGGGGUAUGGAGGAGGGGGAGCAGCGUUUGGAGCCGGUGGAGGGGGGUAUGGAGCGGUGGGAGGGCAGUAUGGGGUGGGGAGCAGCAACGGGCAAGGGACAACGCUUUCUGAGUUCCUGGUAAACCCUCUAUCAUUCUCCCUGCAACCCUCGACACGUCUCAAAUGCCCCCUUUCUCCUCCCUCCCCCCUCUCCCUCCCCCCUCUCCCUCCCCCCUCUCCCUCCCCCCUCUCCCUCCCCCCUCUCCCUCCCCCCUCUCCCUCCCCCCUCUCCCUCCCCCCUCUCCCUCCCCCCUCUCCCUGCCCCCCUCCCCUCUCUUUCCAAACAGCCCAUCCAAUGACACGCCCUCCUAUGUUUGCCUCUUCCAUGCUCACGCGGGUUCCAUCUCUCUCCUUCCUCUUUCCUCCCCCUCCUCGUCCCCCUUGUGUCCCUCAUGACAGGCCAACCCCAAUGCAGCAAGAGCGCCAACCCCAAUGCAGCAAGAGCGUCAGGGAAGCCAAUCAACUCACAGGUGGAGCAGCUGUUUCAAAGGGAUGCAGCCACGAUCCACCCGGCGGCUCCUUAAGCCACUCUGUUAACCCUUUUCUUCUUUCAACUCCUCCUUUUUCCCCCGUCCCCUUGUCUCAAAUGCAGGCGGAGCAGCUGUUUCAGAGGGAUGCAGCCAUGAUCAACCCGGCAGCACUGGAAGGAGCGGAGCAGCUGUUCCAAAGGGAUGCAGCCAUGAUCAACCCGGCAGCAUUGGAGGGUGUUAAAGCUGCCCUGGCCAGUAACGUGCUGCUGGGCAUGGCCGGGCAGGCUGCCGGGCAGCAAAAGAAAAAGCGGCCGGUGCCGAGAACAGCAGCCGGGCAGAAAUGGGAAGAUCCGACUCUAACUGAAUGGCCCGAGAACGACCACCGGCUGUUCUGUGGCGAUCUGGGGAACGAGGUGAACGAUGACGUUUUGUCCAAGGCGUUUCAGAAGUACGCGUCGUUCAACAAGGCCAAGGUGGUGAGGGACAAGACUACAGGCAAGACCAAGGGGUAUGGGUUCGUGAGCUUUGGUGAAGUGAUGGACUGUGCUGCUGCUCUCAAGGAGAUGAACGGGAAGUAUGUGGGCAAUCGGCCAAUCAAAUUGCGCAAGAGCUCGUGGCAGGAGAGGAUCGACACGGAGGCUCUUAAAUCUCGAAACCGGAGCAGCCGGGUCGUGGAGGAGGAGGAAGCUUCCACAAUAGAGCUACUGGGCGACUCGGUCAUCCCAGUAGUUAAUAAACUGCAGGAUAUCUUCUCCCAGCUCGGAUCAUCCAGCGCGAUCGACUUGCCGCAAGUAGCCGUUGUGGGAAGUCAGAGCAGCGGGAAAUCCAGCGUGCUCGAGUCGCUCGUCGGGAAGGAUUUCCUGCCACGUGGAUCCGACGUGGUUACGCGCCGACCGCUGGUGCUCCAGCUGGUGCAGGUGCCGAAGCGCGCGGACGGCAAGGCGGAGGAAUGGGGGGAGUUUUUGCACCUGCCGGGGAAGAGAUUCACGGAUUUCUCCGCGAUCCGGGACGAAAUUCAGCUGGAGACGGAGAGGGAGGUGGGGAUAAACAAGGGCAUAACGGAGAAGCAGAUUCGGCUCAAGAUCUUCUCGCCGCACGUGCUCACAAUAACCCUCGUGGACCUGCCCGGCAUCACCAAGGUGCCCGUCGGCGACCAGCCCUCCGACAUCGAGGCGCGCGUGCGAUCCAUGAUCCUCGCCUACAUAAAGCACGAGACCUGCAUCAUCCUCGCUGUUACCCCUGCCAAUGCGGACCUGGCGAAUUCGGACGCCUUGCAAGUGGCACGCAUGGCUGAUCCGGACGGGCAUCGAACGAUCGGAGUUAUUACCAAGCUCGACAUCAUGGACCGUGGCACAGAUGCAUGCAACCUGCUGCUAGGGAAUGUCAUUCCGCUGCGCCUGGGCUACGUGGGCGUCAUCAACCGCAGCCAGGAGGACAUUAACGCGAAGAAGAGUGUCAAAGAUGCUCUCACCUACGAAGAGGCCUUUUUCCGAAGCAGACCGGUUUACCAUGGCUUGGCGGAUCGGUGUGGGAUUCCGCAGCUUGCUAAGAAGCUCAACUCGAUUCUAGUGCAGCACAUUCGCCUGCUGCUGCCAGAUCUCAAGGCGCGGAUCAACGCUCAGAUGGUGGCGGUGCACAAGGAGCUUGUGGGGUACGGGGAGGCGGCAGAGCGGGCCACCAUGGGAGUUCUUUUGCUGAACAUUCUCACCAAGUACUCUCAAUCCUUCGUGACGAUAGUGGAUGGCAAGAACCAGGGCAUGUCCACAGCAGAGCUGGCGGGAGGAGCUCGAAUCCACUACAUCUUCCAAAGCAUCUUUGUCAAAUGCAUCGACGAGGUGGACCCCUGUGAGGACCUUUCAGACGAGGACAUUCGCACAGCCAUUCAGAACGCCACGGGAACGAAGAAUGCGCUUUUCGUACCGGACGUGCCCUUUGAGGUGCUGGUGAGGCGGCAGAUAUCGCGUCUGCUGGACCCCUCGCUUCAAUGCGCGCGCUUCGUCUACGACGAGCUAGUCAAGAUCGCUCAUCGCUGUGAGUCGUACCAGCUGGCCCGCUUCCCUGUAUUGAGGCGCAAGGUGGAGGAGACGGUGGGGAGCUUUCUCAGGGAGGGGCUCACUCCUGCUGAGACCAUGAUUCGGCACCUCAUUGACAUGGAGAUGGAUUACAUCAAUACAUCGCAUCCAAGCUUCAUUGGGGGCAGCAGAGCCGUUGAGAUUAUACUGCAGCAAUUGAGGGAAGGGAAGGUCAGUGAGGGAGGAGGGCAGGGAGCAGCAGGAGCGGGUGCUUCUGGUGGUGCAAUGACAACAGCAGCAGCAGGAGGAGGGUCACCGUCAACAGCAGCAGUGGCGUCGGUGGCAGCAGCGGCGAAGCAGAGGGUGAUGCUGAUGAGGAAGGAGGGAGCGGGGCAGGGGCAGGGAGGGCAAGAGCAGCAGCAGCAACAGGGGGGCAAGCAGGCAGCCACUGCAAAUGGCACAGUUGCAGACAAGCAAGGGUCCUCGUGGGGCAUCUCGUCCAUCUUCGGCGGGCAGGAGAGGAACCGAGGAGGAAACGUCUCGUCUGCCACAGCGCUCACGCCCUUCCCACUCGCUUCGCCUGAACCCAUGUCUGCCCCUGGUGGUUCUGCUCCCAACGAGCCUGCAUCCACAAUCCUUCUCAGAGAGCCGCCCUCUAUCUUGCGGGCGAGUGAGCAGCGAUCAGCAGAAGAGGGCGUGGAGAUUGGGGUAACCCGCUUACUCUUGAAGUCAUACUACGACAUUGUGAGGAAGAACAUUCAAGAUGCUGUACCCAAAGCGAUCAUGCACUUCCUGGUUAACCACGUGAAGAGGGAGCUACACAGUGUGUUCAUCCAACAACUGUACAGGGAGGCACUGUUUGAGGAGAUGCUUCAGGAGAGGGAGGACAUUGCAUCGAAGCGGCAGCGGUGCAAAGACAUCUAUGCAGUGCUGCAGCAAGCUGCCUGGACGCUAGACGAGCUCCCAUUAGACCCAGACGCCCCCUCUCGCCCUGCCUCCUCUGCUCUCGAUGCCACGGACACUGGACGAGCUUCCCUUGGACCCAGAUGCUCCAUCUCGCCCGGCCUCCUCCACUCUCGAUGCCACCGGUCUCCCCCCGUCCUCCGGCCUCCUCCCAUUCCAUAUGGCACUCCAGGCAGUCUGCCGUCCCGGCCUGAUGGGCCGCGCAGCAUCGUCCAUGCAUGA